UUUGUUUCCACACAUCUUCAUUCACAUUCAUUUUGAUGUUAAGUUUCCGGAAUAUUUACCAACACACUGUUACUAAAAUGCUCAGAACUGAUUCAUCAUUGGUACAAAUUUAGUUUCAUCUAAGUGAUCAGUGGUGAUGUAACUGUGAAGAAGGUUAGACUGAUCAGCACGAAGAAAUGAAUCUUUACACUUCUUUAAUUGUUACUAUUAUUAGUGUAACUACGGCACUACCUCCUAAUAGUCAACAUCGAUUUUUAACAUCUAUUGGAGACAGACAAUAUUAUAUUGAAAAUUAUCUUAAGGCAAAUUGGGAGUUAGCUUUUCUAACAUGUCGUAAACGUGGCCUCCACCUGGUGUCCCUGGAGGAAAAGACGUACCUUAAACAGUUAAAGGACUAUCUAUCAAAAAAUGACUUAAGAGAUAAAUCAUUUUGGACGUCCGCAACUAAUAAGAAUUUGGACUCUUGGUACUGGUUUGGUGUUGGAGAACCAUUCAAAGACGACAUUGAAGGCGAUUCGAAUAAUGAAGGAGGUCAUUGCUUGACAAUGAAAGGAGAUUUUUUCCAUAGCACAAACUGCAAUUCAACUAAUUAUUUUAUAUGUGAAUAUAUACCCAAUCCAUCAUCCAGGUAUUAA